AAAGAAGGGGUAGAGUCCAGAGUUUCUACAUAGGUUGUGUUCUAAAUCUAAAUUGACUGCCAACGCUGCAAGCAUAGCGUCACAAAAUCAUGCUACAAAAAAUAGUGUUCCAAUUUUAAUAAAUACCGUGAAAAAGCAACCAUCAUGGGGAGGAAGGCGAGAGGAGGUGGAGGUCCGGAUCCGGGAGGCAUCAGGUGCCGGCGGAACAACCAUGGAUUAAUGCAGUUUCAACUCCGCUGUUGCGCACCAGUGUCGGGAAAUUUGUGUAUGCGGGAGCGAGACGGGCGAGUGCAUGCGGUGGGGGAAAGAACGAAAGAGCGGAAACACGCGCAGGAGAAAGACGCAAUGAGAGACCGUAGUAUGACGAACGCGAGGCAACCGGCGACGAUGGUGCGGGCAGUCUGCGCACGGACAUCGAUCGAGGUUCACGUUCCAUCCACUCCCCGAAAUUCCCGAUUGUUUCUCGAGUCGCGAUUACUGAUACGUCACAUAAGACAAGAAAAAAAGAUAGAGGAAAGAUAGAAGAAAGACAAAAGAAGAGAGAGAGAGAGAGAGAGAGAGAGAGAGAGAGAGAGAGAGAGAGAGAGAGAGAGAGAGAGAGAGAGAGAGAAAGAGAAAGAUAGAGCGAGAGAGGGCGCGGGGUGCACGCCGCGGUAUCCUAUGCGGCAAUCGUGAAUUGCGUGUGCCGUGACAGUGCGAUGACACCUGUGUCUUUCCGAGAGGAACGAACCGUCAGUACAGCAGCUGUGGGGGUGUUUUUCCGCACUGCACCAUAGGAAUUUUGUACAGCGACCAGAAGACGUCGAUCCGCCACUGUCUUCUUCGCGUCCGAAAGAGCUAGACGAUGUUUAAACGCUUGUCGAAGUCUCGGCGCCACAGCGCCGACGAUGUCGCCCUUUCUUUAUCGAAUUCGGCGGCUUCGCUGGGUGAGCUAUCGGCGACUCCGGUGUCGCGGACGAACAGUCAGGAUCUGGAAACCGCUACCUUGUUGAAAAUCUCCCGGACCAAAUAUACUCGGAGGAGCUGCGGCGACGCGGCUGCGAUGCAGACGCUGCUCGAGACGAAGCAAGACAGCGAGCAGGAUGUUAUCGAGGCUGACUAUCAAACGGUUACGGCCGUGCCGGCCUUCAUUGUCGAGCACGAUCCAAGUAAGCAACGAAUGUUGGGUCUAGGAAUUUGGGGUCGCAGGAUGGGCAAGAAGAUCGAUUCGUUUCGGCGGACUAGAUCUCGUGAAACUAUCUGCUCCAUCACGGAAAGGUCCGAUGAUAUUGAGUAUAAUGGCAUCAAUAAUAAUAAUAAUAAUAUCAAUAAUAACGACACUAGUACCAGCAAUAAUAACAUUGAAGUCCAUCGACUAAACAAGAUACAUGUGGACGAGAAAAUGAACAGAAAGUUACCCGCAGCUUGUCAAAGAUCUCCGUCUCCCUUCAAAUCAUUCUUCAUUCGAAUGGGUUCUACCGGCAUGCUUAACUCAACUAAAACCAACAAAAGAUCUCAAAAUAUCGAGGAGAGAACAACGAUGCCGGAUAAAGAGAGCCUGUUUAGAAGCUGCAGUACCAGUCAAUUAAAUAACAGUCCGACUUAUGUGAAGGGCGACGAUCCUUCAGAAGGUAUAGAUCUCCAAAUUGCCGCGCGAAAGGAUAAGACUGUAUCCUGUGACGACCUGGCGAGACAUCGAGGCAGUGAUCAAGGGACUCGCGCACGUGGUGAUCCUUGCGCUUCGACAUAUUCGCUGGGUAGUCCCUCGGUGAGCUUUAGCACCUGUGAUCUCGAGAAAACGAAAAACGAGUCAUUCAUGAGGAAGAGCAGUAGCUGCGACCUAAAGGAAGCGAAAAAGUCCAACUUCCCGUAUGCCUUUUUGCGAUCGAAAUUGUCCGUGUUACCAGAAGAACGUCACGGAUCAUUGGUUUCUAAGGACGACAGGCUGUUUAAAACCGCAUCGGAGGAACACUUUCCGACCUUGCAGAUUGAAGACUCUUACAUCAAUACCACGACUCUCGGACGGAAGAGAUCAAAGAUUGGAAAUGCCGUUCUCGAUUCCACGAGGAAUCGGGAGAACGUUUCACGACUGGGUCGGAAUUCCUAUGUGGAGUUCCAGAGAAAUUCCAGUAGAUAUGAAGCGGACAGGUACAGUUUGAAUGCCAGCCGUCUCGAACGAAUCGAAGCUGGACUUCAGCGGGAGAGUAUCGCUGGUUGCUACAGUUUUUUUGACGGGAGUUUAUUAUCUCUUCGGGAAAACAACGAGUUUCGACACAGCGAGGAUAUCAUACGCGACAAAACGGAUUUUGUUGUUGGCAAAAUCGAAACUGGAAUAACGGAGAAUUGCAAUGUCGAUCUCGACAUGAUGACCGCUAUUAGAAGCAAUAGACGGAAUUCUAUUUCGAGCUGCGAGCAGAGACUUUCGUCCCACUACGUGAGUUCGAAUGAGUCUGGCUAUGACAGCGACGGCCCGCGAGGUGAAUCUGUGACAGCCUUGGAGAACGAAGGACUUAAGUGCAAUUCGGACACUAGCAGCGUAGUGGACUCGGAGGGAGACAAGCCUAUAAGGAGUUCGACACCGAGCGAGUGCCAGGAUCAGGAAAACUCCCAGAAUGUUGGCAGGAUCAGGCAGAAUUCUGACGUGGAUGAGAACAGGCCGGACGCGAUUUCUCGGAUGAAUUUCGAGAGAAUAGACGGUCUCAGGUGGCAUCAGAGCGGAUCUGGGCGGAUGUUACCUAGUAUUCACGGAACAUCCUUCGAGGAGGAAGCCGUGUCACGAUUAGAGGACACUCCGCUUCCGAGCUGCGAGGAUAGAUUGAACCUUUUGCAGGAUACGGCAAAGACGCUGGACGUCUCGCCUCACCGUAUAAGGUUGCAGCAGGACAAGACAAGAUUUUUAAGCGAUAUUAUCCAACCUUUAACGAGGGUACGACGAUGUUGUCUGAUACAAUUGCACAAGAGAGACCCUAAGGAGAGUCUGGGAAUUCGAUUGGCGCAACAAAGAUUAGGGGAUCUGCGAUACAUCGUCGUACAGCUCGAAAGUGAAGGCAUCGCUCAUAGGGACGGUAGACUGAGAUUGGGCGAUGAGAUAGUCGAAGUCGAAGGUAAGGAAUUAAAAACGCUGGAAACUCUCGAGGAAGUUCAGGAGUUUCUGAGAUCUUUUACCGGUAAUACGGUGCGACUAAUGACAGCAUACGAGGAGACGGUGCCGCAAGUAUACGAGAAUCCGCCGCCAACCAUGCCCGGCGAGUACGAGUACCUGGAAAACGCAAAGAAUCUGUCCAGUAUGUCGUUGAUCGACACCGAAGCGAAUCACGUUUCUUCAUCGGUCGAGAAGAAAAAGAAGAAGAAGACGACGAUGACGACCGAUGGUGACGCGGAGUCACUUGAAUCAAAAAAGAGGCCCGACUUCCUGCCGCUUUCAUGUUUAUCUGAAAAUCAAAAGAACACCCGCAGCAACAUGGAGCCCGCUACAGAAUCGCAACACUAUCUGUCGAGACACGUGGCCAGAUUCGAGAAGGGCUACGGCAAACCCAGUUUGGGCUUCAGCGUCGUAGGUGGCAAGGAUAGCCCCCGAGGUGACAUGGGGAUCUUCGUGAGAAGGGUCUUUCCCGGCGGACAGGCCGACAUUUCCAGAUCGUUGUUUCAAGGCGACGAAAUCUUAAGUCUAAACGGACAAAUUUUGAAAGGCCGCACUCAUCAGGAAGUUAUCGAGUUGUUUAAGACGGUGAGAGAAGGUACAGUUGAAUUAGAGAUUACAAGAAGACACAGAUAUUCCAAAAGUACUGUAAAAAGUGCACCGUAUUAAACAGUAUGGAUAAAGAAGAAACUGCCCACCGGAAGUGCUCUUUAGAUUUAGAUUAAUCUACUAUCGUUCACAUGGGGAAAACGGCGUUUUAGAAUUCUAGUCUAUCAAAAGAAAUCUAUGACUUCUCAAACGUUUUUCUCUUACAUAAUUUAUUUCGCGCGGUAUAUUUUGUAACUGCCUUGUAGAUUAUUAGUUUUAAUUAUUAAUAGACUAUUCGCGUACUGUGGUAUUAUAAUUGUUAACGUCUUUAACGUUUAAGGUUUUAUACAAAUAACGUUAUAUGAUAACGUAGAACUUAUUACAUGCAUUUUUUAAUCAUAGAGGACAAUAAAAAGAUGUUCUUUAUAGGUACUGAACGGGGUAUCGCAUAUCCAGAUUAUUAUUAAUCAAACAAUUGUUAUUAAAUAACUGUUUUAUUUCUAGCGAAUUCUGAAAAUGUACAGUAUAUACAUGA